CAGACAAAUAAAGCAAAGCGAAUCUCCUCCCACUGCUUCACUAACACAUAUACUACCACCAUAGCAGCAUCAAGUGUCGCCGUCUCCACCUCUAUCAUUAUUCUGUAGUUGUAGUUCAGGCUUCUGUGCCAAAAGACUAAGAUUAAAUCGUUUGGAAACACCGCAGUUUUGUAAAACAAAUUUGGCGAGAAGACAGGACGACGACGAUCACUACCAAGUCUCCCUUUUCUCACCUAGGACAGCUACAGGGAUUUCCCUUCGAAUAUGGGUAAUGAAAACUCACUGCCAAUGGAGCUUUGCUCCAACUUUGAUGCUGAUGAAAUCAAAAGAUUGGGGAAAAGAUUUCGGAAGUUGGAUUUGGAUAACUCUGGUUCAUUGAGUAUCGAUGAAUUUAUGUCUCUUCCAGAGUUACAACAGAAUCCUUUAGUUCAAAGAGUAAUAGAUAUAUUUGACACAGAUGGGAAUGGAGAAGUAGAUUUCAAAGAAUUCAUUGAAGGCGUUUCUCAGUUUAGUGUUAAAGGAGAUAAAGAGUCCAAAUUGAGAUUUGCCUUUAAGAUCUAUGAUAUGGAUAAAGAUGGAUUUAUUUCCAAUGGAGAACUUUUCCAAGUCCUCAAAAUGAUGGUUGGUAGUAAUCUUAAAGAUACACAACUUCAACAAAUUGUGGAUAAAACAAUAAUUCAUGCAGAUACUGAUGGAGAUGGUAAAAUAUCAUUUGAGGAAUUCUGUGCUGUGGUUGGUACGAUGGACGUACAUAAGAAGAUGGUUGUGGAUGUAUAGUAAGAAAGUGCUGGAUUAUCAAAACUUUUAACUUGUACUUUCCAUGACAACACUGUUUGCUUAUUAUAU